GCGGCGGGACGGCGCGUUCAAAUCGAGUGCGGCUGCGGGCGGACAGGCGAAGGGCCCUAUACAGGAAAAAGAAGUUCUUCCAUCAUGGCCGACCCUUUCGUUCAGAGAAUGAUGGCAAGAAGCCAGGCUCGCAGAGCUGGGCUGAGCAAAAACAUAGGGGACGUUACCAACAAAGAGAACGCUGGAAUUUCAGGAACCACAAGAAGUCGUCUAAAGCAAAUAAAUUCCAUGUAUUCAGAUGAAGGUCAGUUAUCAGAGCCAGCAAUGCCCCUGCAGUUAGUUAAUAGUGAAACAACAGAAUGUAAGAUUCCGAAGAAGCAAUGUAGCCCAAGAAAGGCCCCCUCACCAGGCCUUGGCGAGUGUCAGGAUGGAGCUGAUUGUCUCAUAUCCAGUAAAGUGUCCACAAGUGUGGAACCUACUUCUCCUUGCCGAACUGGGCUGACAGCUCUUGCCAGGAGAUGUCAGCAGAUGAGGGAGUGGGAGGAUGACUACACAUAUCAUUCUACCAAUCAUGGCUCUCAGGUAGUGGUAGAGGGUAGCCCAGCUUUCUCUGCUUCACAAGUGCAUGGCCAACAUAAGAAUAUGCAUAAGCCAAGUUCAUCUGGAACGGUAACAUUGCAUGGAGCAACAACACAAGUAGUGGGUUGCACAACAGUAUCAUCCAUUGGUUUGCAGAGUCCCAUUUGCUCUGGUGAUUUAGCAUCCAACCUAGACACAGUGCCCAAAUACUUCUUCGGUGAUGGUCCUGCAGGUAUGGUUCAGGGUGCAGGUGGUGGGUUGUUAGCUGUCUCUGCUGCUUCAAGCAUGACACCCUCCUGCAGUAUUCCUAGUUCUCAUGCUUGUACAUCCUCUCAGUCCAAGUAUGCAUUAGAGUCAGAUCUGUCAAGAGCCAAGCAAAUGUUGUCACAGACAGAGAGCCCUGCCUCUCCUACCAAAAAGUUAAACUGGGACAGAGGACUCCUUAAUUCUCUGGAAACAGUAAAUGAGGAUUUGCAAAGCAUAUUGGAAGCACAAGGUUUUACUCCAACUGAGUCACGGUCUCGCCUUUAUUAUGACUUCAAGAAAGAAGGGAAGAUGAAACGAGACAUCUCUCCAGAGAAGCAAGUGCAGAUGACACAGGGUGAAGUAGGCUUCUCUAGUCCCACCCAAGCAAAAUGCUUGAGUCUGGCAGACAUUGUGAUGAGCAACAGCCCAAACAAGGUGAGGAGUCCACUAAAGGAAAGCUUGAACACAACUUCUGCCUGCUUAAAUGCAGCCAAGCCUGCCACUUCUAGUACUCCGCCACCGCCACCUCCUCUUCCACCUGUUGUUGUAUCGUGUCUCCCCAAAAGUCCAUGUUCUAGCCCUGCUAAGCAGCUUCCUUGUGUGUCCAGCCCAAGGCAGAACUCUAGGAAGGAACACACUCGAGAUCCUAGUCCUUCCAAGGUUGGUGAGAUGCGCAGCCGCUGGGAGCAGCACAUACGUGAUGCCUCGCCUGAGCGCCAGGACAGGUCACGGAGUCCCCAGAAAACUCUUUCUAGAUCCAUAAGUCCAAGGAAGCUACCAGCUGCUCAGAAUGCCAGCCCUGUGAAAUCCACGAGUUCUGUUGAUGUGGGCACUAUUGCAGGAGACCUAGCUUCUAGCCCAUAUAGGAUGAAAUCCCAAGGAGAUGGACCGCUAAAUCGAUUUGGUAAUGAGCGCAAGAGCCGGAGAGACCUAAGUCCCCAUAAACCCCCACCAGUUGGGGACAUUGUGAAGGGUGAAGCUCCUAUGCCUGCAGUGGUGCCACUCAUUGACCCACACGUGUCCUCUGUGAGGCAGCGGGCAGCAGCAUUUGAUUCUGCAGGUGGAAGCCGUGACCCAGAGAAGGACCCGGCAGAGCUGACACUUCAGGAACGACGAGCUCUCUUCAACAAGAAGCAAGCAGCUGCUUUGGUGCCCAAGGCUCCUUUUGGCCAGUCAGUGCCUGCCAAGAGCCUGCAAAGUGAAGAUGUGGGGCCUACUGCAGCAAAAUCUACUUCAGUAGCACACUCGCAGCCCGUUAAGAGGCCUUCCAAGAGGAUAGCCACAGAACCUGCCCCAGGCAUCUGUCAGAAGUUGCAGGAAAUCCAAAAAGGUAACCAGUCACCAAAUGCAUUCGAUGUGCAAAGGAAACACUUUGAAAAUAUCAAAGAUAACUGGCGUGAAAAUGAGAUCAAUAACAAAGUUCAGUUGGAAAGGCAGAGGGAAAUGGAGUUGCUGAUGAACAGAUUCAAGAAGCCAGUUCGUCCUCAGGUUGAGAUGAAAACAACUUCAGCAACACAUCAGUCAAUUAUGCAUGAGAGAUUAAGGGACCCAGAGGAGUCUGAGACUGAGUAUGCAGAGAGUGAAGAUUCCUAUGCUGAUUCCACAACAUCAGAGGAUACCUGUGCCAGGUUAGCACCAGCAGGACCUCCCAAGCCACCCAGACUCUACCUAGAAUCUUCGUCCUCAGCCUCUUCUGGAGCCAUCACAUCCCCUCCUGUCCCCGUUUCUCCUGCCAAAGAAAUCCCUGGAGGGUAUCGCUACUCUCCACCCACCAGACUUAACUCAACUGAGAUUGAAGAGGUGUGUGCGUCUCCAAAGAAAGAAUUUGUUCCACGGAUCAAGCCAGGCUGCCUUUUCCCAUCACUGUCAGAUAUUGAGUCUCAGUCAGAAGCUGUGGAUAGCCAAGAUGAAGAUGAUGUUGGUGAUUCCAGCUUUGCUGAGAGCAUCUUGACCUGCACUUCCAUGGAGAGCCUUGGACAGAAGAUACAGCAGGCUGCACAUGCUGGCAUCACCAAACAGUUGUCUACUAUUGCAGAAAGAACAGAAAUAAACAACUCACAUUAUGACUACGAGACUGGAAUGUCAGCAAGCACAAUGGAAGCAGUUGCUGCCAUUGACGAUGCUAUAGAUGAAGCCCUAGAUGAUGAGCCAACACCCCCUAAGAGGCAGUGUCCGCAAGAGGAAAUAGUUAUAAGUGCUUACAAAACCCCAAAGCUGAAUCAUGACUCCCCAAGCAAGAUUGAGGACAAUGAAAAUACUCUUGCUCACAGUUUAUCCAUGUAUCGCAAACAGAAACCAGCCGUGACGUACACGCCAGUGAGACAAAUAGUUCGUCGGCCUGAUUUGAGGUCUCCGACGCCAGAGCCAGCAGUGAGUCCUUCUGUCACUGUUAGUGCACGGAUCAGGGAACUCCAGGAGGAGGUGGAAGAACAGCAGCGUGUAAUAUCACAGGCAUCCAAUGCCAUCACAGUGGUACUGCAACGUGUGGAACAGCAAGGCACUCCACAGCAUGUUGAGGCCGAGAAACUGCUGCUGUUAGCUAGUCAGAAAAGGCAGACUGCUCUCAAUGAGAUCCAGAGACUGAAGACUGAGGGUGCCUUGGCUCAGCGCAGUUGGCCAGGGGAUGAGGAUUGCUGUCAGGGCUCCAUCAGCAUAUCCAGGAUAUCAGUUCCUCUCAAGCAGGACUUCAUCAAGAAGGGAAUUAGUGGUGACACCAUAUAUCAUCUGAUGGUCCUUGUGAAACACCGAGAUCAGGUCAUAUCUUCACAGCUGCUUACAACACCUGAGUGUGUGGUUGAUGGUGCUGUCACCUUCCCAAAUCUGAUGUCUUUGCAUCAUCUUACUUCUGACUUCAACAUUGCACUGGAAGUCUAUGCCCUAAGCACAGUUCAUCACCGGAACCUUAGCAUUAAAAAGGAGCAAAGCCGCAUGAAGCUGACCCCACUGAAGAGGUUGCAGAAGAAUGACUCGCGUUUGGCAUCCCCCUCUGUGCAGUCUCCUGGCGGCCCGUUUGCUGUUCGCAGCUCCUCCUUCCAGCUUGUUGGCUUCACCCACUUGAACAUUUCUACUCUCACCAGGAAUGCUUGGACACUUGAAAAGGUCCCUUUUUCCUCCCCAUUGGAUGGCCAUCUGCUGAUGAAUGUGAGUUGUAGCUUUGAGGGAGGCAUCACAGAGAGAGGUUUCCUCACAAUGUUUGAGGAUGUUGGGGGCUUUGGUGCUUGGAACAGAAGGUGGUGUGUCCUCAGCGGAAUGCACCUUCGGUACUGGAGAUAUCCAGAUGAUGAGACCAAGAAGGAUGCCAUUGGACAGAUUGAUCUACGUAGAUGCACAACACGGCGUGUAGAGCUUGUGGCAAGGGAUGUCUGUGCCCGUCAGCAUACCUUCCAGUUGACCUGCAUGCGUCCUGCAUACAGUGGGGAUAUUAAUAACCUUGUGCAAGAGAUUCAUGGUUCUGCUCUUGUUAGCAAGUUGCUCUUGUCUGCAGACAGCAAGGAGGAAAGAAUACUGUGGUGCAACAAGCUUAACAAGGCUUUGGCUAACAUCAGGGCUUGGGAUCCUGAUGCUCUUAGGCCAGAGGAUUACCAAGUAUAAUGGCCACAUCACUUUAAGGAUAUUUGCAGCUUGAAUAACAAAAAUUUGCUUUUGAGAAAUUAACACAAA